CAGUGGGCGGGACUUACGAAGAGUCAGGAAAAGCGAGUUGUGUGUCAAGUUUCAAUCUUAAUUUUAAAAUCAUGAAGAUCAUUUGGAAGUAAACUAGAUAGUUCAUCCAGAUAAUUUGGAAGUAAACUAGAUAGUUCAUCCAGAUAAUUUGGAAGUAAACUAGAUCGUUCAUCCAGAAUGCGCGUUUCGCAUGGAUUGGCGUUUCUGUUUCUUACGGCGAUGUGCUACGUAGGAAAAUCAAAGAGGAGAAAUGUUUUGCUGAUUAUAGCGGACGAUGCUGGAUUUGAAACCGAAGUCUACAAUAACUCGGUGGUCCGCACCCCGCACCUGCGCGCUCUGGCCCGCCGCAGCUUGUUGUUCCAGAACGCCUUCACGUCCGUUAGUAGCUGUUCCCCCAGCCGCUCCACCAUCCUCACGGGGCUACCGCAGCAUCAGAAUGGCAUGUACGGUCUGCACCAGGGAGUCCAUCACUUCAACUCCUUCGAUGGAGUCCAGAGCCUUCCUCUGCUACUCAGCAAGGCCAACAUACGCACAGGUAUAAUAGGGAAGAAGCACGUGGGUCCUGGUCCAGUCUACCCCUUCGACUUUGCCUACACCGAGGAGAACAACUCCGUGCUGCAGGUGGGCCGCAACAUCACACGAAUCAAGCUGCUGGUCCGGAAGUUUCUACAGACGCAGAAGGAGGGGGGAGGAGGGGAGGAGGAGGAGCGUCCGUUCUUCCUCUACGUGGCGUUCCACGACACGCACCGCUGUGGCCACUCCCAGCCACAGUACGGAGCCUUCUGUGAGAAGUUUGGGAACGGGGAGAGCGGGAUGGGCAGAAUUCCCGACUGGAAGCCGGAAUACUACACCCCCGAGCAGGUCCAGGUCCCGUACUUCGUACCCGACACACCCACGGCUCGCGCUGACAUCGCUGCCCAGUACACCACUGUGAGCAGGCUGGACCAGGGUAUUGGGCUGGUCCUGCGGGAGCUGAGGGAGGCUGGCUAUGAGAACGACACGCUGGUCCUCUACAGCUCCGACAACGGCAUCCUUCCCAACGGCAGGACCAACCUGUACCACUCCGGAACCGCAGAACCCAUGCUGGUGUCCUCGCCGGAACACAGGGAACGCUGGGGGGCAGAACAGCCAGGCCUACGUCAGCCUGCUGGGUGAGAGGGGGGAGAGAGCCAGGCCUACGUCAGCCUGCUGGACAUCACCCCCACCAUCCUGGACUGGUUCUCGGUGCCGUACCCGUCCUACCGGCUGCCCGGUACCCCGUCCGACCCCGUGACCCUGACCGGCCGCUCCCUCCUCCCCGCCCUCGCCGCCGAGCCCACCUCCUGGAACACCGUCUACUCCAGCCAGAGCCUGCAUGAGGUGACCAUGUACUACCCUAUACGCUCCAUCCAGCAGGGGGCGUAUCGGCUGCUCCACAACCUACACUACCGCAUGCCCUUCCUAGACCAGGACCUGUAUGUAUCUCCCACCUUCCAGGACCUCCUGAACCGGACAGUGUGCGGUCGUUCCACCGGCUGGUUCAAGACCCUGGACCAGUACUACUACCGGCCCCGCUGGGAGCUGUACGACCGGCGCGACGACCCUCAUGAGACCCGGAACCGGGUGUCCGACCCGGCCCUCGGCCCCGUGCUGGAGGCCCUGCGGGGGGGCCUGGAGAAGUGGCAGUGGGGGACCGGGGAUCCCUGGGUGUGUGGCCCCGACCGGGUCCUGGAGGACAAGAUGGAGCCCAGAUGCAGACCGCUCCACAACGACCUCUGAUUGGAGGGGAGAGGAUGGGUUGUGGGGGUCGGGCCCUCUGAUUGGACGGGAUAGGAUAGUCCUGGUCGACGGGUUGUGUCGGGGUCUCUGAUUGGACGGGAUUAGGAGCAGCGACUGGAACACGGUUGGGUUGUAUGUGGUUUAGAUUAGUUUGUUUGUAACCUGAACAUUUUAGCUGGACACUGAAUUGACCACAACUGGUUUCGAGAGGCCAGCACAGAGAGACUGUGUGUUUCUGGUUUUGACUGCAACAGGACCACAAACGGAUCGAAAGGGAAUCCAACCGACCACCUUCAGUCACACCACACUGCAAGUUCAGACCACAAGUCAACCACAAAGAUGACAUAGACAGACACUGGGAGCAGUGGGUCUUCAUCCAGACUCUGAUGUGGUCCCAAACCUGUCGCUCUUUAUUUUCUUAAAACAUUCCGGAUUUUUUUUUUAACUUUCUUUCAAAUCAAUCACAUGCAUUGAUUUGAUCAAAACUCAUAGGUCAUGGCGCAUUGUGUGUAUUUAAUAAACUGUAUAUUCUUCUACUGUA